AUGGGCGGCGGGGCGCGGGAGCUGGCCGGGUACCUGGCGGCGCUGGCCGGCUGGGUGGCGGGGCUGGCGGCCGCCGUGCUGCCGCAGUGGCGGCAGAGCUCGUACGCCGGGGACGCCAUCAUCACGGCCGUGGGGCUCCACGAGGGGCUGUGGAUGAGUUGCGCCGCCCAGAGCACCGGGCAGGUGCAGUGCCGCCUGCACGACUCGCUGCUCUCCCUCGAAGUUCACAUCCAGACAUGCCGGGCUCUCAUGGUCGUUUCUCUCCUCCUGGGCUUCUUUGGCAUCAUCGUGAGCGUGGUGGGCAUGAAAUGCACUAAAGUUGGGGAGGAGGAUCCUGUCACCAAAAGCCGCAUAGCUGUUGCUGGAGGUGUUCUCUUCGUUCUCUCUGGUCUGUGCACACUGGCUGCCGUGUCGUUGUAUGCAACGCAGGUGACCUAUGAGUUCUUCAGAGAGAGCACCAUCCCCAUCAACACUAGGUACGAAUUCGGCUCUGCUCUCUUCGUGGGCUGGGGGGCCGCCAGCCUCUCCAUGUUGGGGGGGUCCCUCCUGUGCUGCUCCUGCCCUGCCAAGGAGCGCCGAGGACAGCAGUACCAUCAGCAGGCACAGCCCUCCACAGCCCGGGAGUACAUCUGAGCCCUCGCCCUGCGCUCCUGCUGCCCAGUGCCUCCCCUCCCUCCCAAAAAGAGGCAAGACCCUGGUGUUCCCACCCUGCCUGGACCCUGAAUGUCCCGUGAGACCUUUCUCCUUCUUAUCUUCCAGGUUUCAGCACCAAUUUCAGUGCCAGCCUCUAAAGUAGAGGUUUGAAGUGUCACACCUGUCACAUCCAUCAUUGCUGUGUUCUCCUCAGCGGGGCGGGGUGGUACCCCCAGCCCCACAUUGUGGCCAUGCCAUCUCUGUCUGUCGCAGGGGUUCUCUGGGGGUGCUGCAGGGAGGUGAUGCCAGUG